UUUUGUUCUUUGAGCCCCAUUGUUCCUGUCACUGUUAGUGUGUUGACCGAACAGGACAUGUUUCAAAUUGACAAUAAUGGCACAAUAAGAACCAAAGCCAAACUGGAUCGUGAGACAAAACAGAACUACAAAAUAAACAUUUCUGUUUCAGAUGGUAGCUUAUCUGACUAUGCUAUUGUGAUAGUAAAUGUCACCGAUAUCAAUGACAACACUCCAACAUUCACUGGGAGCUACCCUGAUGUCCAUCUGUCAGAAGAUAGCAAAAGUGGCACCUCAGUAAAACAGGUGUUAGCUAGUGAUUUAGAUGAGGGCUUCAAUUCAGAAAUGUCUUUCUCUUUACAAGGCGGCGAUGGAAAAAUUGACAUUGACUCGAAGACGGGACUGAUAACUUUGGUAAAAGAACUUGACAGGGAAACACAGGCCAGUUAUAACCUGACGGUCAUUGUCAGUGACCAUGGCCAGCCGUCAAGAUCUGACAAAAUUAACUUUACACUAACUGUGGACGAUAUCAAUGACAAUCCUCCAAUUUUCACAAAUUCCAAAUAUGAAGUGAAAGUGAGAGAAAACAGAGGCACUGGGGAUGUGCUGCUGAAUGUCACAGCCACCGACUUAGAUGAGGGAGAGAACUCUCGCUUGGAAUACCAGAUUGUUGACAGCCCAGGAUUCUUCCAAGUGAACCCGGCCACCGGAGAGAUGAGCCUGAUUCAGUCUCUUGACUUUGAGACAGCAAGAGAAUUCAGUCUCAAUAUCGAAGCUAAGGAUGGAGGAAGUCCUAGUCUUGUUGGCAAAUGCACUGUGCAUGUCCAAGUUCAGGAUGUCAAUGACAACGCCCCUGAGUUCAGUCAGAAGAUAUACAGCAUCUUGGUACUGGAGAAUUUACAAAGCGGGGCUGACCUUUAUACCCUGAAUGUUACUGACAAGGAUGAGAAUGGAUUUUCAGAUGGCUAUUUUAUUCUCAACAGCGCAAUAUUUAGUAUUAAUAAGCUUGGGGUUAUUUCAUUGAAAAGUGAUGCGCAUCUCGAUAGAGAAGAAGAGUCUUCAUACGAUUUGACAGUUUGGGCUGUCGAUGCACCAAAUGAUGGCUUCAACGCAAGCGCUUCAUUGAACAUCACAAUCCUGGACGUCAACGACAAUAACCCUCAGUUUGAGGAACUGCCCCAAAACAUCUCUGUCCCAGAGGGAAACUACAAGCCAAAUUCUCCCGGAAAAAUUUGUGAGAUUGUUGCAACGGACAAGGACAUUGGUGAAAAUGGACAUGUCACUUUAUCUGUAUUAUCUACAGAGAUGAACCACUUAUUUAGAUUUCAGCAGGAUGGAAGUUUAGUUGCUAUUGAGCCUUUGGAUCGAGAGUCCAAGGACCUGUAUGAGUUUGCGAUUAUGGCAUCAGACAGUGGAACACCGCAACGACAGAACAUCUCCUACAUCAAAAUCAGAAUUACUGACAUCAAUGAUAAUGCUCCAGAGUUUUCCAAAUCAUCAUACAUUGAAAAUGUACUUGUGGCUUCAGCAAAAAAGGGAGAUGUUGUCCUAACUGUGUCAGCAAGUGAUAAAGACUUAGGCAACAACUCUCACAUUUCUUAUAGUUUCUCUCAGAGUUCUCCUUACCUUAGCCUGGACAGUGACACUGGGAUUAUCACCCUAGCCAGAGAUUUGUCAGAUGUCACCAAAGACACUCUUCUUAAUCACACUGUUAUUGCAAGGGACCAUGGUCUGACUCCACUUGAUUCAAAAGCAACAGUUGUGAUCAAUCUGAUGGUUAACCCAGAGUUUGGCGUGAAAUUCGAAAAUUCUACCUACAACUUCAGCAUUGCAGAGAAUGUGCCAAAAAAUACCACUGUGGGGUCUGUCAAGGCUCUGACAGGAAGCCUUCUUGUCCACACAACUUAUACAGUCAAAUCCUACACGGAUAGAUUCUCCGUCAACAAACAAGGUGAAGUUACAACCCUGCUUGAGCUGGACAGAGAAAAACAAGACCAGUACACCUUGGUCAUAGAGGCAGUUGAUUCCAGGACUCCACCCAACACAGCAGUCACAAUGGUUACAAUCCACAUUCUAGAUGUGAAUGACAAUGCUCCUGAGUUCUCCCCGCUCAUUGUGACCCAGCUGUCUGUGCUAGAGGGCCUGGAUGGCUUAGACCUUGGCUUGUUUUCUGCAACUGACCACGAUGCUGGAGAUAAUGCAAAAAUCACGUACUCUUUGAAGGAUGAUUUUAGUGGAGUCUUCAGAGUAAACAGCUCCACGGGUCACCUGCUAUCAACACAAGCCUUGGACCGUGAAACAGUAGAGAGCUACCUACUGAAUGUCAUUGCAACAGAUGGUGGCAGACCUACUCUGUUUUCCACUGUGACUCUCAAUAUUACAGUGGAGGAUAUAAAUGACAAUAAGCCAGUCUUUAACCAGAGUUGGUAUAAUGUAACCGUCAAAGAGAAUGAUCCGCCAGGCGUGAUUUUGACUGUGUUUGCCACUGAUAAAGAUUUAGGAUACAAUGCCAUCAUCCACUACAUGAUUCUUAAAAAUACUGAUUCCCCAUUCUACAUUGGCGAACUCUCUGGGAGAAUUGGAACUCUGUAUCCCUUAGACUAUGAAACAAAAAACAGCUACACCUUCAGAGUGAACGCUUUCAAUCCUGGCACUGACUAUGAAAGCACGGUAGACAUUACAGUAAACGUGGAGGAUGUCAAUGAAGAAGGACCCAUAUUUGUUAAACCUCCUUACUAUGUGUUUGUGCUUGACAACUCCACUGCUGGCCAUUUGAUUUUGGACAUCAAUGCAACAGAUGAGAAUAAUAGCAAUGAUGUGGGCAUUCACUACAACAUAACAGAAGGAAAUAGAGAUGGUCUUUUUGACAUUUCCAGCACAAACGGACAAAUCACUCUUUCAAAAGACUUGACAAAACUUACCGGUGGUGCUGUGGAACAUUUACUUAAGAUUAUGUCUACAGACAACGGAUCACCCAAACUGUCUAACACUGAAAAGGUGACUGUAACUGUGGUGCCAAACAACACAACAUUCCCAGUUUUCUUGGCAGUGGAUUAUCAGCCAAAGCCGCUGAGUGAGAAAGCAACCCCUGGAACUGUUGUUAUACAAAUCAGUGCACUCUAUGCUUCACAGGUGAUAUACACUAUUGAGGCUGGCAAUGAUGAAGGAUACUUUUCUAUUGAUGGAUUCAGCGGAGUGAUUAAAACAGUAAAGCAACUCAAAGUGGAAGACUUCCCUGUGAUGAUGCAUGUUAGAGCUGCGGACUCUGCACAGACUAGUGUGUUCAGUGAGGCAUCUGUGAACAUCACUGUUAUUGAUGAGAAUGAUUUCCCUCCUGUUUUCUCCAACUCCUCCAUAAAACAAUUCCUAAAAGAAGAGGAGAGUGUGCCCACAGAGGUAAUACGGCUCCUUGCUACUGAUAAAGACAGCGGUCGAAACGGAGAGCUCACAUACUCUAUCCUCAGUGGGGGAGACGGCAAAUUCUGGAUCAAUCCGGUUAAUGGAACUCUAUACGCUGAUGUGUCUUUUGAUUUUGAGGCUGGACCUGUAGAAUACCAGAUUGUUGUGUAUGCUGAAGACAAUGGCAUACCAGAAAAGAAGUGGGAUUACUGUACUGUGGCAGUCAGUAUAAUUGAUAUCAACGACUGUCCACCACAAUUUGAACCCGUGCAGCCUAUGACUGUUAAGGAAAAUGCACCUGAAGGAACAGAGAUUGGAAAGGUGACUGCCAUUGAUCAGGACACGGGUGACAAUGCCUUCAUUGUGUAUAACAUCACAGAUGGCAGCGACGUUUUUGCGAUCAAAGCCGAUGGUACUAUCACAGUGAAAACCCCUACAGACUAUGAAACCCUCAAUAAAUUCAGUAUUACAGUGACUGCAACAAACAACAAAACCGCUCCUUUCCAUCAGAAUCAAACAACUGUGAUUAUUUCAGUACUGGACGUGAAUGAUAACCCUCCAGUGUUUCCUCAAAGUAACUAUACAGCCAGUGUGAAUCUGACAUCCCCACUGGGAACUCAAGUGACUUCAGUUACUGCUACUGAUAAAGAUCAGGGGAGUAAUGGUGUAAUAGGGUAUCAUCUACUGGAUGAUGAGCCGCACAGCAAAUACUUUCUUAUUGAGAACCCACUUAAAGGAAGGAUUAUAAUGAUACAGAAACUCCCCGAUCCUGGAGACUACUCCUUCACUGUACAAGCUCGGGACCAAGGUGAACCUUCUCUGAACAGCACAGCUAUUGUUAACGUGCAGGUUGUAGAUGACAGGCCUGGUCUGCCUGAUUUCAACAAGACUGAUAUCAGUACACAUGUCAAAGAAAACACAGGAGUGAAUCAUGUGGUGUAUACCUUUGCUGUGUUGGAUACCUCAGAAACGCCUGUGACAUAUACCAUUUUAAAUGGAAAUGAACUUGGUCAUUUCCUAUUGCAUGCAAGCACUGGUGAACUGAUGACCACCAUCAAUCUGGAUUAUGAGAAGCUCUCAAAGUACAUCAUCACUGUAGAGGCAAACGAAGCUGGCUCCAGUUCUAGGAAAGGCACAACACCUAAGAAUAUUGCAAGACUGACUAUUUUGGUUGAAGAUGUGAAUGAAGAACCAACAUUUAUCAAAAAGAGCUAUUCUGCAAGAGUUUUCAAUACAGUCCCAUACAGGUUCCAAGUAAUCAGGGUUGAGGCUUCAGACCCAGAUGGUGAGGAUAAUGGAAUACUGGUUUAUAGUCUUGAUGGACCCUCCAGCAGGGAAUUUGAUGUUGAAGAAGCAACAGGACAGAUUUUCGCAGUAUCCUUGGCAGGCAAAGUGGGAACAUUUUCUUUCAAGGUCCAAGUUACAGACCAAGCAGGGAAGGGCCUUUCAGAUGCAACUCAAGUUGAUGUAACUGUUGAUAGCAGCUCUAAUAAUGACAUUGUGGUGAUCUCAAUAGACCAAAGAGUUAAUAUUGUGGAAAAGAAGAUCGCUGAAGUAAAAAGGGCUCUUGAAGAUUCACUAAAAUUGAAUGUGAACAUUAUCAAUGUAUAUGCCAAUAAUAUUGAAGAGAGAUCCAGAUCUGACGAUGAAGAGACAUUCAUCUCGUUCAUAGCUACUGAUACGAACAGCCAGAUCAUUCCAACAGAACAAGUGAAAAGAAUUCUAAACCAGGAAGAUGAGUUGAUCAAGACUGAGCUGCGCAAGGUGUUUGGUGCACAAGUUGAAGUGUCAGUGAUAGAGACCGAGGAGGAGUCAGCCACCUCCCCUGAGCUGAUAGGGGUCAUUGUUCUGAGUGUUCUUCUCGCCCUGGUCAUCACUGGGUUUGUUGUGUUUGUGGUGCUAACAACAAUAAGAAACAAACAGCUAGAUGUGGAUGGAGAUCAUGAUAAAGACAAUCUGAGCAUUUCUAAUCCUUACAAAUCAUUUAAGAACCCAAAUGCAAAAGAAAGCUGGGAACCCAACCAGGAAACAGAACACCAACAUGAGGGUGGAAAAGACAAGCAUGAAGUCAGCCAUUCGGGAUUGGAAAGAGAUUCCUAUGAACUUCAAGAAACAUCUGAAUCAUCUGGUUUCAAAAUCAGCAUCUCAAUAUAAAAUAACAGUCCCAGUUUUCUUGUUUUGUAAUGACAAAUUGUAUGUGAUCUUACCAUUGAAAUCCAUAUCUAAUGUAUUCCUCUUUUGGUUUUCAUAAAUGUCAAAUUUACUGUGCAUUUUGAUUGAUAAUGCCAAAGACUGAAGAGCCAAGCGUCAUAAACGUGUAUUUGUAUAUUGUGUAGCAGCAGUGGUUUGUAUUAUUCUAACUGAAAUUAUAAAAUUGUACUGCUGUUCGUUCUAGGUUAUUUUAUUUAAAGCCUGUCUGUGAUUCUAGUACCAGCGUGACAAUGUGUAACUCUCACAUUCUAAUUUCGUUUUUCAGCCCUAUUCCUUAACGUAUUUAUACCUGCUGAACUUACUUGCAUUUUUACACUUUAUUGAUCUUGUAUCAAUGAGGCUGAGAUUACGUGCCAGGCCAGUAGAAUAUUCUAUUUAACAUAUCAAAAUGGUGCCCUGCCUGCCAUUCCAGCAAAGAGACUCAAACCCAGUGCUUUCUAAUGAAAUCCUAAAAUGGUAUUUGGCUAUUUUUUUGUAUUUUAUUUGACUUUAGAAUGGGCUAAAUACUACUGCAUUUAUUAAAUCAAUUGUAUUUUGUUGUCUCAGCAUUUUGGACAUUCAUGCAUUCUGUUGUGUUUAGGCAGGCAAUUUAUUUUUCAGCAAGCCUGGUUCCUGAACUUGUCAAUAAAUGAAAAUCACUUGAUUUAGACAUAUAUAUAUAUAUAUAUAUAUAUAUAUUGGAAAUUAAUGUUUAGCAAAGCCUUGGGUACGGUAGGGUGUACUAAAUCAAUAACCGUUUUACAGUUAACUGGUAAUUAUGACGCUGAGAAAUAAAGCCUUACACCUCAACAAAGCUUCUGUGUUUUGUUUUUUUGUUGUUUGUUUUUUUAGAUCACUUUCAUCCUUGC